AAGGCUGGUUUUGCAAUUUCAUCCGAUCCGGUUUAGCUCAAUUCUUCCUUCACACAGUCUUCUUCUUCGUCUAUGCUUCUCUUUCCUCGUCGAGUAGCGAGCGCUUACUCACUGGAGCCCUAACCUGAGGUGACGAUUCCCGUAAUCGGAGUUUCUAUUCGACGAAAUCAUCGGUGAGUUUUUACGCUGCCGUCUUCAUCGUCAUUAUCCGUGAGAUCUAUUUUGAUCACCGAUGGAAAUGGGAGACGACAAUUCACCUCCUGACUCUUUGAAAGAGCAAGAAGCUGAUCAAAAUGCUCAAGAAAACGCAUUAGCUGUGGACGAUACUUCACUGGAAACUAUAGUCCGACGAUUCCAAGACUCCAUGUCGGUGGAGAAAACGCACAAGUUCUGGGAGACUCAACCUGUUGGGCAGUUCAAAGAUAUCGGUGACACUAGUCUACCUGAAGGUCCUAUUGAGCCUGCAACCCCGUUGUCUGAGGUCAAGCAGGAGCCUUACAACCUUCCUGCUGCUUAUGAAUGGACAACAUGUGAUAUGAAGUCUGAUUACGUUUCCUCGGAAGUUUACAACCUUCUUAAGAACAACUAUGUCGAGGAUGACGAGAAUAUGUUCAGGUUCAAUUAUUUGAAGGACUUGGAGAAUAUAUGGCAAGCAGCUUAUACUGCAGGGGUUGUACUUCCGACACCAGUUGCUACCUGCCAAUAUUGGCACAGGACCUUGAACCCCAAGAAGCUCAUUGAUGUCGGAUUUUCAAGACUUGGUCCAAGAAUGACAAUGAGCAGAACCAUAAAACUGUACAAGUUACCAGAUGUACCAGUUACUCCUGGAUUCAGGAAAAUGGAACCCUGUGAUGUCCCUGCUGUAACACGGUUGCUCAGGAACUAUCUUAGUCAGUUUCUCGUUGAGACUGACUUUGAUGAGAAUGAUGUUGAGCACUGGCUUCUCCCAAGGGAGGAUGUUGUGGACAGUUAUCUUGUAGAGAGCCCGGAAACCCAUGAUGUUACUGACUUCUGCAGCUUCUACACUCUUCCUUCAACUAUUCUUGGCAACCCCAAUUAUACAACACUGAAAGCUGCAUAUUCAUACUACAAUGUGGCCACCCGGACCACUUUUACCCAGCUGAUGAAUGAUGCCCUUAUAAUCGCCAAACAAAAGGGUUUUGAUGUAUUCAAUGCAUUGGAUGUCAUGCACAAUGAGAGUUUCCUAAAAGAAUUGAAGUUUGGUCCAGGAGAUGGGCAGCUUCACUAUUAUCUCUACAACUACCGUUUAAGAGACGCCUUAAAGCCAUCGGAACUUGGUCUGGUACUCUUAUGAGCUCGCAUAUUGUUUUCAUGUUCAAUUAGAAUCAGCAAGUUGGAGUUUUGGGUUUUUGUUUUUCAUAUCUAAUGUCAACAGUUGUUACCUCUCUUAUUUCCUCUAAACCCUUUCCCCAAGUCUCAUGAGAUACUGAUGCUUAUCUAAUGUUUUGGCAACGUAGAAUUUGAGAUUUCUGCAAAUUUAAUAGAAACAGUUCUCAGGUUUCUUGUCA